AUCAAGCUUGGAAACCUAGAAAAAAUGGUAAUAAGACCGUUGGAGCGCCAUUCCCGUGUAUAAAUACGUGCAAACAAACUCGAGAGGCCAGAGUCGCUGCACUCCACCAGGUGAUCACUUGUCAAGCUCUCACCUUCCCUUCAACUGUUCAGGAUGUGGCGUUUGACGGCGACGCUGUUGCUGGCCUCCUUGGUCUCCGCCUCUGCGCAGGAAUACAACUAUCCCGAACCUGGCCUUGAAUAUCUCCCACCAGUUCCAAGUGAACAGAUAUGUCAGGUCGCGCCAAUUAUCUCUUCGAUAUACACGACCAGCGUUCAGACCUCCGUCGAUGUUCAAACCGUCGAUCGAGUUAGUACACAAUACAGAACCACCACCCUUGUUACACGGCAAGUGGUUCCUACGACGAUAUACAGAACCAGAGUACAGACUCAAAUCCAGUACCAGACCAGCGUGAUCCAACAGACCACAGUUCGGUACGUGGACCGAGUGGUGACCCAGACCAUAUCCAGUCCUCCCCGUCAGGAGGUUCGCUACAUCACCACGACCCGCGUGGUGCCCCAGGUCAGCUACAUCACCCAGACACAGGUACAGACACAGAUUGUACCUGUCGAGGUCACCCGCACACAAGUUCAGACUGUAACUGAAACUUCUACCAACUACCAAACUCAAACAGAAAGAGCUACUCGUAUAAUUUCCGUUCCUGGCCCCACAACAGUCCGCACCCGCGUGCAGACCGUGGUCCAGACCUCCGUGGUCCGCCAGCAGCAGCCUGCCAACACCCGCUACGUUACCUCCACCAGCGUGCGCCAGGUGGUCCAGACCAGCGUCGUCCAGGGCCAGGAUGUGAUCCGCACCAGCGUGGUCCAGCGCCAGCAGGUCAUCCCCUUCACCUCCGUCAACACCCGUUACGAAAAUGCUUACGCCACACGCGAGCAGGUCGUCACCCGCACCAACGUUGUCACUCAAACUCGAGUCAUCACACAGGUCGUUCCCCAGGAGGUGGUGAGUACCCAAGUGGUGCCCACCACCAUCUACACCACCAUCUACAGGACCCAGGUGCAGCCCUUCACCCAGGUGCGGACGGUGGUGCAGACUCAGUACGUCACCCCGUCUCUCGUCUUCAGUACUCAAGAGGUGACACGCACCUCUGUGGUGCAGGUGCCUGGCCAGGACCGUGUCAUCACCCAACAGGUGGUGCAGACUCAGCAGCAGCAAAGCGUUGUCUACCAAACCGUCAACCGACCCCAGCAGGUCACCGUCACCACGACCGUCACUGGCACUUGUGGGUACAACUACGUCGAACCCGCAGUGCCUUUCAACCCAAGAAGACAAACCAUAUAAUUAUCCAACACGACUCGGCCAUUCCAUUGGAAUUCAUUGAACUUAACAGCCAAAAUCACUCAUUAGCGCUCUAGUUGAAAGUAAAUAAAUAAUAUCCACAGUUACCAGUUAGUUCCACAUCCAGUGGAGAGGUGGGCUUGUUGUCUGCCAGAGUACGGCCAGAGCGCCAUUUUGUAACUAACAAACACCAUAAACUUGUAUUUAUCUAAAUGGCAAAUAUACAUUAUAAGAA